CACUUCAUGUAGGGAGACACAGUCUUAAGGCCUGACCUUGAGCCAUUGGGAAGCCGGCUUAUAAGGACAGAAGUUUCCUUCUCUGGUCCCUGUUUGGUCCAUCCUCAUGCAAAUGAGGGCUCAGAACCAUAAUGGUUUGAUUGGCCCAAAAGGAACUGCCCUGAUUGGUCAAAAUAAGCUGCUCUGAUUGAUUAGAGCUGUGCAGCUCUGAUUGGAUGGGGAAAGUAUCAGUACUAUUUGUUAGAAUAGGAUUCCAGGAACUCCAUCUUAAGGGCUGGGUUAGAUGGCAGAAGUACAGUGCAGGCAGACAGUAGUGCAAAGGUAAGUAGUUAAGUGCAGAGAGGCAGCCUUCCCACAACGCGUAGUUUGCUUGAGAGGCUCCUGUGCAGAAAUGACUGCUAAUCUGCUUUUUUAAAAUUUGAGCCGUUAGUCACCAGGAGACUUUCUUAGUAGGUGUCUUUUUUUUUUCUUCAGGCUUCACAAGAAUUUCAGGGUGAAAAGAAAUAUCCUUUAAUGGGAGAUGAUGCUUUAAAAUGUAAUAGAUGUACUUAUUUUUAAAUUGAAUUUAUUAGCAGGAUAUUGGUUAAUAAAAUUAUGUAGGUUUCAGGUGUACAAUUCUAUAAUAUUUCACCAGUAUUUCUUCCUCUUGCCCCAAGUCAAGUCUCCUUCCAUCAUUGUUUAUCUCCCCCCUUAUCCUCUUCUACCUCCUCACACCCCAUUUCUCUUUGGUAAUCACUGUACUCUUGUCUGUGUCAGUGAGGGUUUUUUGUUUUUGUUUUUUGGUUUUUUUUUUUUGCUUAAUUCUUAACCUUUUGCACCCAACUCUCCAACCCCCGCAUGCAUCUGACAGAUGUCAGCCUUUUCUCUGUAUCUAUGAGUUUAUUUGUUUUGCUUGUUAGUUUAUUUUGUUCAUUAGAUCCCAUGUAUAAGUGAAAUCAUAUGGCACUUGUCUUUCUCUGACUGGCUUAUCUCACCUAGCAUGAUGCUUUCCAGGUCCAUCCAUGCUGUCACAAGAGCUUCUCAGUGAAUUUUUGGAUGAAGCCAUUAAAUUAAUUGCUUGCCAUCAUGAGCAGAAGUAAGCGGGACAGCAAUUUUUAUAGUGUAGAGAUUGGAGAUUCUACAUUCACAGUCCUGAAACGAUAUCAGAAUUUAAAACCUAUAGGCUCAGGAGCUCAAGGAAUAGUAUGUGCUGCUUAUGAUGCCAUUCUUGAAAGAAAUGUUGCAAUCAAGAAGCUAAGCCGGCCAUUUCAGAACCAAACUCAUGCUAAGCGGGCUUACAGAGAGCUAGUUCUUAUGAAAUGUGUUAAUCACAAAAAUAUAAUUGGCCUUCUGAAUGUUUUUACACCACAGAAAUCUUUAGAAGAAUUUCAAGAUGUUUACAUAGUCAUGGAGCUUAUGGAUGCAAAUCUUUGCCAAGUGAUUCAGAUGGAACUAGAUCAUGAAAGAAUGUCCUACCUUCUCUAUCAGAUGCUGUGUGGAAUCAAGCACCUUCACUCUGCUGGAAUUAUUCAUCGGGACUUAAAGCCAAGUAAUAUAGUAGUAAAAUCAGACUGCACUUUGAAGAUUCUUGACUUUGGACUGGCCAGGACUGCAGGAACUAGUUUUAUGAUGACACCUUACGUAGUGACUCGCUACUACAGAGCACCUGAAGUCAUCCUAGGGAUGGGCUACAAAGAAAACGUUGACAUUUGGUCAGUUGGGUGCAUCAUGGGAGAAAUGAUCAAAGGUGGUGUUUUGUUCCCAGGUACAGAUCAUAUUGAUCAAUGGAAUAAAGUUAUUGAACAGCUUGGAACACCAUGUCCUGAAUUCAUGAAGAAACUACAACCAACAGUAAGGACUUAUGUUGAAAACAGACCUAAAUAUGCUGGAUAUAGCUUUGAGAAACUCUUCCCCGAUGUACUUUUCCCUGCCGAUUCAGAACACAACAAACUUAAAGCCAGUCAGGCAAGGGAUUUGUUAUCCAAAAUGCUGGUCAUUGAUGCAUCUAAAAGGAUCUCUGUAGAUGAAGCUCUUCAGCACCCGUACAUCAAUGUCUGGUAUGAUCCUUCUGAAGCAGAAGCUCCACCACCAAAGAUACCUGACAAGCAGUUAGAUGAAAGGGAACACACAAUAGAAGAGUGGAAAGAAUUAAUAUACAAGGAAGUUAUGGACUUGGAGGAGAGAACCAAGAAUGGAGUUAUACGGGGGCAGCCCUCUCCUUUAGGUGCAGCAGUGAUCAAUGGCUCUCAGCAUCCAUCGUCAUCGUCUUCUGUCAAUGAUGUGUCUUCAAUGUCAACAGAUCCAACUUUGGCCUCGGAUACAGACAGCAGUCUAGAAGCCUCAGCGGGACCUCUGGGCUGCUGUAGAUGACUAC